AUCGUUAUACUUAAUGGUCGUCAUCACGAUCUUCAUUUGUUCGAUGGGUAAUCGCCCUCAAGGAUCCAAAACAACAUACACGCUUUGUAUCAUCUUGUUUGCGGUUAUCAUGGCCACCAUGCUUUAUUGCGCCGCAUACACCGUUUACUUGGCCAUCUACGCGUCUCCACAUCCCGUGAAUUUCAAGAGUUUUAACAGUAUCAGGGAGGCCAUAAAUACGGCCGCAUUUCGAGACAUCGUAAUAUCGCUUGCAUCAACGUAUGGCAUGUACAUUUUCACCUCGUUGAUUCACGGAGAACCGUGGCACAUGAUUACGUGUUUGGUCCAAUACAUCUUGUUUGUUCCCUUCUACGUGAACAUUCUUAUGGUCUACGCCUUUUGUAACACCCAUGACGUGUCGUGGGGUACCAAAGGUGACAAUGGUAGUUCGGGAGAAUUGGGAGGGGCGAAGUCGGUGUCGAAGAAUGUGAUGACAGUUGAUGUGCCUACCGAACGUGAAGACAUUAAUGCGGCGUACGAUGAUAUACUGAGAAGCUUAAAAGUUAAGGAACACAAGGUCGUACAACAUCGAGAUGCUUCCACCAAGAGAGAGGAUUAUUAUAGGAAUUUCCGUACAAAUGAAGAUCGUGAUGACGACCAUUAA